AUGGAAAACCUAAAAUUAGACUCUAUUCUAGGCAUCAGGAAAAAUCGAAGUGUUCGAAAAAUUCUGAAAUAUGUGGUGGCUGUUUGGGUUGUGAAAGUUUGGUCAAUUAAAAAAGAACAGUUUGUAAAAAUGAAGAAUGAUAAUUUAGAUUUAGAACCUUUUUUAGAUUGUCUAGAAUGUGGGCGUAAACUACAUCAAAUAUGCGUGUUACAUAAUGAGACGAUAUGGCCUGAAGGAUUUACUUGUGACGGUUGUUUGAAAGCUAGAGGCAUGAAACGGAAAGAAAAUAAAUUUUGUUCUAAAAGAUUGGCAACCUCAUUGUUAGGUACACAUAUAGAAAACAGAGUUAAUAGGUUUCUUCGAGAACGACAGGCUGGUGCUGGGGAAGUGACAAUUCGGGUAGUUUCCAGUACAGACAAGUCUGUGGAAGUUAAACCUGGCAUGAAAGCUAGGUUUGUUGAUAGUGGUGAACUCCCUGCAAGCUUUAAUUAUCGUGCUAAGGCUCUAUUUGCUUUUGAAGAAAUUGAUGGUGUUGAUGUGUGCUUCUUUGGCAUGCAUGUACAGGAAUACGGAUCAGACUGCCCACAGCCAAAUUCCAGCCGUGUUUACAUUUCUUAUUUAGACAGUGUACAUUUCUUCCGACCGAGUCACUUUCGUACUGCAGUCUAUCAUGAGAUCCUUAUCGGCUAUCUCGACUAUGUUAAAAAACAAGGCUUUGAACAGGCACAUAUCUGGGCUUGUCCACCAAGUGAGGGCGAUGAUUACAUAUUCCAUUGUCAUCCACCUGAACAAAAAAUACCUAAACCAAAGAGAUUACAAGAAUGGUACAAGAAGAUGUUGGAUAAAGCAGUUUCAGAUAAAGUGGUCUUGGAUUUCAAGGAUAUUCUGAGGCAGGCAAAUGAUGAUAACCUUACAAGUGCCAAAGAAUUGCCUUAUUUUGAAGGUGACUUCUGGCCAAAUGUUUUAGAAGAGAGUAUCAAAGAGCUAGAUCAGGAAGAAGAAGAAAGAAAAAUGGCAGAAGCUGCUGCAGCAGUCUCCUUGCAACAUGAUGAUAGUGACCUGGGCAAGACUGGCAGCAAAAAAGCUCAAAAGAAGGCUAAGAAAACCAGCAAAAGCAAAAGCAAUAGUAGUCGAAAAAACAAUAAAAAAUCAAACUUUCCACAGCAGGGCAAUAGCCUUUCACAGAAACUGUAUGCAACAAUGGAGAAGCAUAAAGAGGUGUUUUUUGUUAUCAGACUUCAACUUGUUGGUAGUUAUCCACAUACAUCUGACCCGGAUCCUGUUAUUACAUGUGAUCUUAUGGAUGGAAGAGACUCCUUCCUAACAAUAGCAAGAGAAAAACAUUAUGAAUUUUCCUCACUGAGGAGGGCCCGGUGGUCAAGUAUGGCCAUGCUUGUAGAACUUCAUAACCAAGGCCAGGAUAGAUUUGUGUACACUUGUAAUACGUGCAAACACCAUGUGGAAACCAGAUAUCACUGUACAGUUUGUGAUGUAAGUAUUAAAAUUUACACUUAUUUAUCCAUUCAUCUGAGUUGGCCUGCCAGUUGGUAUUUGAUCAUGUGA